CCCGCGGGUCGCCUCAAAUUUCUCAGAAAAUCUUCCUAUCGCGUGUAUCGUCGUCGCCCGUGUCAGAGAGCUGGGGACGGUGGUCGUGAGCAAAGAGGAGAGGACGCCCGAAAGAAGAGAAGGCGUUCGUUCGCAGGCGGGUCCAUCAGCAUCAGGCAUCCCAGCUUGGGCGUCUCCGCCUGCCUCAUGCUGCAGUCUCCCACGGUGCAGUAGCCGGCAUUCCCGGCAUGGGGAACAUCCCAACCCGCCUCGACCACCGUCAGCGACGCUCGGGAGCGCUAUUUGUCGAACAUGCUUUUGACAUGGUCAGCAGUAUGUUUAGGCGCUCAUGUAUCCCGCAAGGGCCGCAAUGGCAGGGUCAGGAACCUGGACAGUGCGAACGGCGGGCACAUCAAGACUGCAACGAUUUCGACAGUAAAGGACAGCAACUGUAUAACGAGCUUCUUCGUUUCGACCGUCAAUUCCCUGCAGCCUCAGCCAUGCAUGCCGGAAGUCUCUACACCUGUGGUCCUUACUGGUAGUAUCGACCCGGUCGACCCAGAUGAACACAUCGACCGUCUUGAUGGUACCGGUAUGCCAAUGAUGACCUCCGUCGAGGAUCACUGGAUUAUAUCUAGUCGGCAUACCUCUUCUGACAUCGCCGCCGGACAUUGUGGCUCCUAUACCCUUUCGCUGAGCCAUUAUAGGUCGAUUAGAAUCUGGCAAUUGAUAGCAUCGUCUUCACGGCGCUUCCGGACGUGCUGCUUACCUAGCGAUGUUUUCCCAAUUGGAUCUUGCCAACAAUGGCUUCCCGAGGAUCGCAAGCCAUACCAUGUGGUCGCUCUACGGCCUAUUUGUUCAUGUAUCAUGAUUCCGUCGCUGACCCGGCGAACAGUACUUAUGUGCCCACAGAGACUCGGGGAAAUAGGUGACUCCGAAGCGGGGAAUUCUGCGUCUAUUGCUACUACCGUCUUGAGACCCUUCGUAGAGCGGCUAUGGCGCCAGCAUAUAGCAUGCGGCGUAGCGUGGAUUAUCAGGGGCUGAGGUCGAGAAAUUCUGGAUGGGCGGUGAGUGUGAAUGCGAGCAGUCAUCGUACCGAUUUCAGCGUUCUUUAGACACGCAUACAACAUGGUCCCAAUAUUAACCUUGCCAUUGUCCGCCUCAUUCUUACCGCGCUUCAAGUUGGGAACUCGGGACACUUGGGAAACUACGAAACUCACCAGUUGCACUGAGCCGAAUGCUCUGCCCCGUCGAGUGUCACUCAUCUUUCCACGCGGUAUUGACCUAUUUUUGUGAAGAGUCGA